AAAAAAAAAAACGGCUAUAAAAAUCAAAACAAAUCGACACACGCAGAUGCAGAUGCAGAAAACAAAAAUUUUUAGUUCAAGGAUUUUGUUUUCAUUUAAAUCUUUACAUUAAUGUUCUAUUAAAAUUCAACAAAUAUGCAAGAAGAUACCUCCAACAGUGUAUACUAUCUAAUAAAUGAUUUAUGUGAGAAUUUAAUCAAACAACAUACCAAAUCUAAUCAAGUUAAUACAACAUCUGUGCGUAAACUCAAAUCACGAUCCUUUGAAGUUCUAUUGAAAAAAUCAAAACAAUAUUGCAAUGCACCGAUUGAUGAAAAUUUUGAUUCAUUUCGAGAAUUAAAUAUUUGUUAUUUUUCUGCCAAAAUCUGUGCCAAAAACAAUUCGAAUGAAACGAAAAAGUUGGCCAAAUUUGAAGAACAUUUGCAAUUCAUAGCUAAUAAUUCGUUUUUCAAUGAAGAAAAUGGCCAAAAUAUUUUGCAAUUCCUUUUGCUAUUGGAAAACAAUAAACAGGAACAAAUUAUUUCAGAAAAACAGACAUAUCUUUUGGUACCGGGACCAUUCACCUUGCAUGCAAAUUACAAAGACAGCCAUCAUUAUCCAAAGCAACUAGAUACAAAUCUUUGUUCCCCACCUCAAUUCUUCAAAGGAGUACAUUCGAUAAAAGAUGCCGACAAUCCCUAUUUACCAAGAAUCAUCUUCGAUGGAGAACCAAAAAACAAACUAUUGGAUAUCGAUAGCAAAUUUGCAACCAAGGCUAUGGCUAUUCCUGAAAAUUCAUUUACCGGUUUGGCUUCAAAAGUUUGGGGAAAUUCUUUCCAGAUUAAUGUUGGAGCAUUUCGACUUUUUAGGAUACCAUCAAGCAGUGAACCAAAAAUUCCUAAGUCUACUCUUCCCUUAGAAAAUGUUGCAAAACCAAUCAAAAUUACAGAAGACAUUGAUAAAAUUCUUUCAUGGAACUGGGAAAACCUAGAUUGUAUUGGUAUACCUUUGAACAAACCACAUAUUGCCGAGGCUAAUUUGGCCCUAGAAUUGCAAGCUAUUCAUGACAAAUCUAUAGGCAAAGAUACAAUUGCCAAAAUCGUCUCACAAGAUAGAUUCUUUCGUGACCUUAAAUCACUUACAGUUGGUAUACAGUCUGAUUCAUUUGUUCAUGAUGAACAUAUUCUCUUCAAAAUGAUUGAUAACAUAACCGUAAUGGGUAUAUUACCUGGAACAAUAGAAAACUAUGUAACAGAUUUUAUUGAAUGCGGAACGUGUUAUAAAAGAUUGCAGAUUAUGAUCAUGAAGCGAAAUUAUAAACUUAUGUUUGAAGGUUUUAUUUUUAAGGCAUUAUGCAGUGCUGUUGACGAAUACUUGGUUACAUUUCGGCAAUUUGUGUUUUCUGUUCAAAAUGAAUCCCUCUUGGAAUUUUAUAAACGAAUGAAAAAAAUGAUGAAACAAAUUUCCAACUUAUCUUAUACAUUAGCUAUUCACCCAUGUGUCGAUGUUAAUAUCAAACCACCUAUGGGUUCUCAAUUUCUCGGCUAUUUAUAUAGAGAAAUCAUGCGAGUCACCGAAAGAGAUUUUAUUAUGUUAUUGGUAUUCAUUUUACGUCGCUGUUGUCAUGUGUAUUUCAAAUAUCUUCAAAAGUGGCUCUUCUAUGGUGUCCUUGAUGAUCCAUCUAAUGAGCUCUUUAUAUGCUUUGUAGAUCAUUAUCGUCAAAACACUAAAUACUUUUAUGACAAAGCAUAUUUUGUACGUAAAGAUUCUGUGCCUGGUUUUUUUCAAGGCUACGAAGAUCAAGUUCUACAAUGUGGCAAAUAUACAAUGCUUCUCAAAUCAUUCAAGCCAAAUCAUCCUUUAUUUGAACUAGAUUAUCCAUCUAUGUCGGUGUGUUUGACUUUUGAAGAGGUUCAGAAAUUUGAAUCAUCUUGCAAAAAAUACACUCAACGUGCUAGAGAAGUCUGUGGUAAGCCUAUAACAAUUCGUGAUGUUUUCGAGAAGCAAUUGGAAAACAAAAAGAACUUUCGCACAAUGGCAAGUGAAAAAAGUCGUGCAAAUAUGGAGCAGUGGAGUUUGGAGCAGGAAACUAUUGCUGCCGCAUAUGCCGAACAGAAAAAGAAACGACACGAAGAACUUACGCUUCAAUUGCAGGAUGCAAAAAAUCGUAAAAUAAGUGAGCGUCAAGCAAACAUAGAAGUGGAACUUAAACUUUUGAAAGAAGCCCAAAAUAUGGAAGAGAAUCGAUUGUUGUGUGACAAUAUUAAUCUUAAGAAAAGGAUCGAAUACUAUACAGAAUUAAGCGAAAUGCUGGAUGAACAGUUGGGUGGAAAAAAAUCUCUGCAUCUAAAUCUUGCAGUUGCGAAUGAUCAAGGCUCCAGAAAAGCACCGGAUACACCAAUAAGUACGGCUGGUACCGAUUUUGAGUCCUGCUUCGGUGAUGAGGAUGCUGAAUCUGUUUAUGGCGAAUGCAUAACUGCAGAUUUUGUCGAAAACUUUGCAAAAAAUGAAACUGAACUGAAUAAAAUGAUGCAACCAGAAUCCUGCUUGCCAACUAAACCUGCUCUGAAAAUGAGCACAUCAGAUUAUUUUAAUUGCAAUGAAAUUCCAGAGGUUAUAAUAUCUGAUAUAGACCGAAAUCGCACCAAGAUCCUAGGAGGUUCUGAAAUGAGCGAAUGUAUGAGCGAAACAAUAGUUCCCGAAGUUGUUAUAUCGAAACCUCUCACAGAUGCACAAAAAAAUCGCUUCAAAGUGCUCCAUGAAGAAUUUGGAAUGGGAGGUGAUGGUAGUGCUAUCACCCAAACAGCUGAUAUUAACUUUAAUCCAAUAGAAACCGUUCAUGUGGAAUUAACUGACUUACAAAAGAAUCGCAAGAAAAUGAUGCAAAACGAUACAUUUGCUGAAUAUAACAAAGAUCCAUUAGCGAGUCGAAAAAAUUUAAAUUUGGAUUUGAACACUGAACGCGCGAGAAAUAGAAAGAAAGUUCUUGAAAGUGAAUUUAAUAUUCUCACAGGUAUUGACACUCACAAUCAGCUCACGCCUAUGUCUACAACAUCAGAUACAAUGCCAUCAGUUGUAAAUGUUGUAGAAGAAGACAAAGAAAAUGCUAAUAUUAGCCUGGCUAAGGUUGAUUUGGAAUCUCCAGCGUCUGUGUCUGAAGUGGUUGAAAAAGAGCCGCCACCAAGUUCGCAAAUUGUACAAACACCUGAAUGUGGUUUGAAUACUGCUGGAAUUCUUGCUCGUCAAGGAUUUAAUUUCGUUCAAAGCAAAGAAAAUUCCUUGCAUGACACUUCUUCAGACAGACAACUUACAUUAUCAACAUGCAAAGAAUUGCCUGCUAUUCGAGAUGCAUAUCAGCGAUGUGAGGAAUUGGUAAAAUCAAAUUUCAAAUGUCAACCAGUAAGUCCUCAUUUUCGUUUAAACUAUGGCAACACAAAUGCACCCACAACUGAACAAGUCAAAGAUCUCAUGCAAAAACAAAGAAAUCUCAAUAGUCUGAGUGUUAUAACUCUAACUGAAUUUCUUCAAAAGUCAAUAGUGCUGCCAAUGAGUACGCAUUUGGAUAUUAUCAAUAGUGAGGUUAUGCGUGUGUUCUUAGAGGAUCUAGAUGUGUUGGGACACUUUAAAAGUUUGAGAAAUUAUUUCUUCUUAAUGGACGGUGAAUUUGGCUCCAUUAUUUGUGAUGGAUUAAUUGGUCGUUUGGAGAAUGGUGCGAGUCCAUCGAAAUUGUUGAAUUAUCAAACUUUGCAUUCAAUUUUGGAUACAGCACUAGGAUCGAGUAUUAUGGGAAAUGAUAAAAAUGCUGAGAAUCUCUCAUUCAUUGUAUCAGAUGUACCCGAGAAGUUUGAUCUCAAUUCAUCAGAAGUUUUAUCCAAUCUAACUCUAAGCUAUCGCAUUGACUGGCCAUUGAAUCUCAUAUUGAAUCCAGAAACCUUGGACCAAUAUGCAAAUAUAUUUAAGUAUCUUAUUAAAGUCAGAAGAAUCAGUUGGGUUCUUGAAGAGUCAUAUCAAAUCCUCAAAGAAAUAGUCAAGAAAACUGGCAAAAAAAUGCUCCAAUCACCGCAGUACAUUCAUGUUCAACAAAUUCGUCAUAAGUUCUAUCAUUUCGUGCAUGCUUUAAAAAAUCAUAUCACCUCUAAUGCUCUCCAAGCAUCAUGGAAAACAUUCAAAGAUGAUUUAAUAAAUGCCACCAGUAUUGAGGAUAUAUAUCGAAAGCACACAACAUAUGUUAAACGAAUCUUAUUUCUCUGCAUGCUGAAUCGACGUAGCGUCGAAUUCUAUAAUGCAAUUGAAAAGAUUUUCAAGAUCUCUUUACGAUUUUAUGGGAAUCUCAAGUCUCGUGACUGGAAGUUACGACCCGGCGAUGAACAUUACACCCAUUCGCGCUACGAAAAGCUUGUUGCCGAUGAAGCGGCUUUUGAAAAUUUUAUCAAAUAUACAAUUUAUUUGGGUAAAAAAAUUGUUCGCCAUGGAUAUCAGGAGGAAAUUGGUGAAUUUAUUCAUUUAAUAAAUUACAAUCAAUAUUAUAUUGUUGAUGGCGAUGAGUAAGCGGAAGGCUUUUUAUCGUUUUAUGGUGCUUUUAUUGGAAACAAAAACAAAAACCUAGUAAUUUAAUUUUAAUUCACUAUUUGCCUUUUACGAAUUUAACUCCUAGCUAAAACUUUUAAAAUGCAUUUGUGUUUUGUUAAAUGUUUUGUUCCUUAAAAUUAGUUUAGUGCACACUUUAAAAGUAUUAUUAUUAAUAACGCACCGUGUGUGCAAAAGGUUUUAUAUAUUUAAAAUUAUUAAUUUGUGUUUU